AUGGCUUUGCUAGAACCCUUCUGCCGCCGCCAUUUUCGCCAGCUCCUCAGACUCCAAAACCCUCACUUAACAUCUUCAAGCUCGUCUCAACCCUCCGAUUCUUCGUUUCUUUCUUCAAAUUCCCGGAGACCCUUUUCUCUCUCCUCCCGGCCCUCUGUAACAUCGGAGAAGAAAACCCAGAAGCCGGCAAAGGCACUGAGUAAAUUCUUCAAAACCGCUAUUUCCGGUCUGGAAAGAACCGACAAUGGCUGCGCCGAGGCUGUCAACGGUGAGCCAGCGCAGCUGAAAGAAACUGGGGCUAAGGUUAAUCUGGCUGCGCUUUUUGCUGUUGGAAAGAAAGCAAAAGUUAAAUCAAACGUACCGAUCAAUUUUGGCCUCGAGGGUCCAAAGGUUUACGAAGAACUUCCGCCCGAGAUGCAAAUGUUUGCUCGAUGUUUGCACGAGAAGGGGUAUUUAGACUAUGCAAAUUUUCCGCGCAAGAAUGGAUUCGACGCAACGUGUUUUGAGACGAGCUACCGCCGUGAAUUUUUGAAGUCUGCAGCGGAGAAGUUUGCGAAAGAUCACCAGGAGAUUGCCAAAUGGUUGUCUGCUAGCGAUCUGAAAAAAAUAGCGCUUUUGGGGUGUCCAUCUUAUGAGCGUAGCUCCGUUUAUGCUGCUAAACACAUGCGCCAAUUCUUUAAAAUUGAGGAACAAAAGGUAUGCGGAAAGUGUACAUUGAGAAACUCGUGUAAGUAUGCUAAUAAGGGAUGGAAUAAAUCUAUUCAGCUGAGUUUGGAUAAAGUGAUCCAGGUCCUCGUUAUGUAUGCUAUGGGAUCAGUUCAUGAAGAUUUGUUGGUGCCUGAAGAUAUUAACAACUCUGUGAAUCGAUUGCUGAAGGAGAUAGUAAAUCUUAGUCAGCUACGUCAGUAA